CCUUCCCUUCAAAUACUUCAGACUCCCCUUUUUUUUACAGUCAUUAUCUGCUGUCGUGUAUUUCGGUCAAACGUGUGAUAUGAACAACACGUGUGUAUCACCGUAUCAGCCCCAUGCGCCCCUGUUGCAGCCGGUCUGGGACUACUUACUUCGCCAUGAAGAGUUGCUCUUAUCUCCUUACCUUCCCGCAAGCGUCGCUUUCCUUGGUCAUGUACUCAUGUGCGCACCUUUCCUGCUGAUGGACGUUAUGGGGAGCCGCUGGACAUCAAUACAUCGUUACAAGAUCUCCGGCAGCAGGGAGGAGACUGUCUGUCUGCGUCUUUGGCUGAGCUCUUUCCUAAGGAUAUUUUGGAAAUACGCGGUCUAUGUAUUUCCAGCGACGGCGGUUCUGCAGCGACUUCGCACUCCGGAGAUGCCCACCAUGGCACCAACCUGCUGGCAAGUGUUCUGGCAGAUAUCGUCGUGUUUAUUUCUGUUCGACGCUCUGUUCUACUUCUGGCACGACGCAAUGCAUAGGGUGCCUUGGCUGUACUUCCAAGUCCACCGGGCACAUCACCGGAACACGGCCGUAUUCGCGAUGAUAGCCCAGGACUCAAGCGCGUCGGAGCUGCUGUCACUCCAAACGAUCGCUAUCUGUUGCGCGGUGCUGGUCGGCUGCCAUCCGCUAAGCGAGAUCAUCUUCCAUCUGCUCAACAUGUGGAUGGCCGUGGAGGACCACUGCGGAUACGACCUGCCCUGGGCGCUCCACCGGAUCGUGCCCUUCUUCGGAGGGGCUCCGUUCCACCAACUACACCACCGGAGAUUCCGUGGAAACUACGCUCCUUACUUCACGCAUUGGGACCGGUUGUUCGGCACCUACUUGGAGGAGGAGGAAACGCCGUGAAACAUCAGGAAUCAAUUCAAUCAAUUCAAUUUUAUUUGUAUAGUGUGCUCUCGCAGCAGACUGUCCAGAAGACGCUUUACAGAGUAACAGAAGGGAAAAAAAUUGCACGAGAUCAUAAGACAACUCCCUAGAGUGGAGAAAAGCCCUCAAACAGUCGUGAGAAAAAAGAUCCCUAGUGGGAAGAAAUCUUGACAGGAACCCGACUAUAAUAGUAAUGAUUGGUUGCGGCCACGAGAUUGCAGACAUACAGUAGGGUUGUUUUGCACUUAUGAAAAUACACAAUAAAUGAUGGUACAGAUCGCGCUUAUUCAUCUUCACACCUCAAACUCAACCAAGUUGGGGUGACACAGUGUAUAAUUAUUAUUUCAUGUUAUGUUGUAUAAAAACGGUUUUAUAGAUUUAAACCAUUGUCAGAUUAAUCUAUAAAGCCCAAGUCUUUAUCUUUGUUGUAUUCUUAGCACUUCAAACUGUAUUUCCUUCUCGGGUCCUUCAGCUCACUUGUCCCUGGUUAUGGGUAGUCACUUUGCAUAAGGAUUUGAAGGAGUUUUUUUAAUUAUGCUUUGUUAUGCUUUAUAAUAAAAGUUAUGUUAUGUACGUCGCUCUGGAUAAGAGCGUCUGCCAAAUGCCAAUAAUGUAAUGUAAUGUAAUGUUUCUUAUGCUACAAUUUAUUCCGUCCAGGAGGGGGCGCUUAGACGACGUAGAACAAUUCCACCUGCAAUGGGCAGGGGGACUCAACAGCCGUGCAGAUUUAUCAUGCCUUUGUUCUUGUCUGAUCUGUCUACCUUGUGACCAGUGGCCACCCCCAGCCCAGUGUCACACACCUACUAAAGCAGCUGUGUACUCAUUCCUGAGCCUCUUCUAUGCUGUGCAAGAGCUGUGCACUUGAUUUGUGCAGUUGUGAUUAUUAUAGUGUGUGAUAAGAGAGUUAGAAACUACAUUAGACAUCCAUUAUUCAAAGUGACUCACAGUUGAGUGGACUAGGCAGGGGCCACUCACCCUGGAGCAAUGUGGGGUUAAGGGCCUUACUCAAGGGCCCAACAGCUACACUGAUCUUAUUAUGGCUGAAUUGGAGCUUGAACCACCAACCUUCUGGGUCACAGCCAAGCAACUUAGCCGCUAGACUACAUUUAAUGAAACUAAAAAAAAUAAAAUUAACAUCCUGUAUCACUCAUUUACAGAGGCAACCUUAGCGCCUGCACUUUCUAGUUUUAGAAAACAAAAGUAGCCAAUGUUAUUAGUUCAUGACCUCAUUGAAAAUGGAGUGUGAGAAGGUUUGUAGAUCUGGAGGGCUUUGUCUAGAUGAGAAACAUUUUCAUUUGCCAUUUUUCUCUGCUCAAACAGAAAAAACCUAC